CAGUUCUUCUUCCCGGCCGCAAGAUGUCAGUGUAUUAUGUCGUGAGACAUCGACUCUUCCGGGAACUUUGACACUUCCGUAACCUUCACGCGCUUCCUGCAUGUGAAAACAAGACCUCCGUCCUUAAACGGACGCGUGAAACCGUCGUAAAUGGCUAAAUAUUUAGCACAGGUCAUCGUGAUGGGAGUUCAGGUGGUGGGUCGUGCUUUUGCUCGGGCUUUACAGCAGGAAUAUGCAGCGAGUCAGGCUGCAGCACGGGCGAGAGGCAGCGCCGCAGGUCCACAUUCAGCCGCAGCCACCAACAUCACGGGGAUGAGCUUGCAAGAGGCACAACAGAUUCUCAACGUCUCCACGCUAAACCCAGAGGAGAUCCAGAAGAGCUAUGAACAUCUUUUCAAAGUGAAUGACAAGUCUGUGGGCGGUUCAUUUUACCUCCAAUCAAAAGCAGUGAUGCAAUCCUCCGACUCCUGCAUGCAAUCACACGGCAUGCGCGGCCAGCCAAGUGGAGGCGUCGGCCACACCGCUUCUCACCAGGAGGGGGAAGGCAAGAAAGAAAGAAGCGAAGCCGGUAGAAAAACAGUCCCAACUAGCGGUUGCUCGUUGCUGCAGGGGAAGAAAACCCCAGCUGACAUGCCAAGGCAGAGACGGGCAUUCCAUGGCCGACACGAACAUGCCAUGGCCAAGACGGGCAUGCCAUGGCCGAGACGAAAAUGCCAUGGCCGAGACGGGCAUGCCAUGACCGAGACGAACAUGUCAUGGCCAAGAAGAGCAUGCCAUGGUCGAGACAAACAUGCAAUGGCCGAGACGAACAUGCCAUUGCUGAGGUUGAGUGGAUAAAAAGGUUCUCCGCUCAUUCCGUGUGGAAGUGGUAAGUUUUUGGCUUCUUUUGUCAUUUGUCAUUCUUGCCCAGCUGACAUGCCAUGGCCGAGACGAACAUGCCAUGGCAGAGACGUGCAUGCCAUGGCCGAG